CUUCGAACGACUUAACUAACUGGCGGGAAAAAACUUUGCUUACUUGCAAGAAUGUAAACUUUGAAGCGUUUUGUCCAAAUGAAAGUAAGAUGGCAACGCCAUACCAGAAUAUUAUGGCUGGGACUUCUGUGCAUCCGAUCUUACAGCAGAUAGACCAGCUUAAUGCUUUGUACCAACCAGCCACCCCAACACAGACAGGAAUUGGACCAAGCUCUCCAACAGCCAACAAAGAGAAUGAGGAACUUAAACUCCAAGAUGAAGGUGUUCAAGAAGCAGUCAGCUCAGAAGUAUUCUCAGUUUACCAGCAUAAAGAGAUUGUGAAAGGCUGUUGUCCACACCCUGGUGAUAUUGUGGAGGCUGGGCCAUUAGCGGCGUUGAGUCAGCCGGACCCCAUGUACCCACUCACAGAAUCCUUGCCAGAGGAGGUGAUCAAAGAGGGCAAGCUCAGCAGUCUACAGCUAGAAGGAGUGCUCUAUGCUUGCCAGCAGCAUAUGAGAAUAUUGCCGAGUGGUCAGAGAGCAGGCUUCUUCAUAGGGGAUGCAGCAGGUGUGGGGAAGGGGAGACAGAUAGCUGGAAUUAUACUAGACAACUAUGCAAGGGGGAGAACCAAGCAUAUCUGGUUCACAAUCUCAUCUGACCUUAUUGUAGACAGUAGAAGGGAUUUAACAGACAUUGGUUGCCAUGUUAGAGUUAUCGAUGGAUGUCAGGAACUGGACAGAGAAACUAGGGUUCUUGGAUUGCCCGCUGAUUUUAAAGAAGGCGUUGUGUUCAGUACUUAUGCUACACUGGUGUCUUCAGUCCAGAGAGGAGUCUUCAAUGGCAGCAAGCAAAGCCGUCUACAGCAGCUGGUGAACUGGUGUGGAGGAGAGGAGUUUGAUGGAUGUCUGGUGUUUGACGAAUGUCACAAGGCCAAAAACUUUGUUCCUGGAAAAGAACAGGCCAGCACCAAAGUUGCUUUAGCUGUUACAACAAUUCAGAGGUUGUUGCCAAAAGCUAGAGUUUUGUACUGCAGUGCAACAGGAGUAACUGAUGUUAAAAAUAUGGCCUUCAUGGAGAGACUAGGACUGUGGGGUGUGGGGGCACAGUUUCGCUCCUUUGAGCAGUUCAUCGAGUUUGUCCAGAAGAAGGGACUGGGUAUGGCGGAGAUGUUGGCCAUGGAGAUGAAGAUGUCUGGGAUGUACGUGUCCAGGGGACUGAGCUACAAACAAGCUGAGUUUAGUACUGUGGAGAUCCCACUGACAGAGGAACAGAGGAAGGUCUAUGACACCGCAGCUCAUGUAUGGAACGAGCUAAGGAAGGCGCUGGAGAGUGCCAUUGUGCGGACUAACUACAGCGGCAGCAGGAUCUGGUCCCAGUUUUGGUCCUGUCAUCAAAGAUUCUUCAAACACCUCUGCAUUGGUAUGAAGAUUCCGACCAUUGUGAAGGAGGCCCAGACAUCGCUGGAAAAUGGCUGCUGUGUAGUGAUAGGACUCCAGAGUACUGGAGAGGCUUCAUUUGAGAGUGAAUUUAGCAAAAACAAAGGAAAAGUGACUGGAUUUGUUUCCCUUUGUAAGGAAAUUUUUUCCCGAUUCGUUACUCAGCAUUUUCCAAUUAUGAUAGAAAGUCAGAACAAGGAGGAAGUGUUGGUGGACGAGUGGAGUAAACAGGCCAGGGAUCUGCUGCUUGGAUUCGCAGAAAAAAUCAAUCUACCUAACAGUCCCUUGGAUGAGAUAAUAGACAAGCUGGGGGGACCACACUGUGUAGCAGAAAUGACAGGCAGGAAGGGGAGGAUCAUUAGACACUCUCCGGAGGAAACGCCUCGCUAUGAACUACGCACUGCCAAUGCCGAUAGUUACGGCGGAAUCGAGAGUCUUAAUGUGCAAGAGAGAAACUUGUUCAUGGAAGGGAAAAAGCUGGUGGCUAUAAUAUCUGAUGCUGCUAGCACAGGGAUUUCUUUGCAUGCUGACAUUCGUUGCCCCAAUCAAAGAAGAAGAGUACAUCUUACAGUGGAGUUACCAUGGAGUGCCGACAAGGCCGUACAACAACUGGGACGGUCACAUAGGUCAAAUCAGUCAAGUGGACCUUUAUACAAGCUUUUGACUACAGACUUGGGAGGGGAGAGAAGAUUUGCAGCUGCUGUGGCACGUAGACUGCAAUCUUUAGGUGCCCUAACCAAAGGAGAUAGAAGGGCUGCAUCGGGAGCUGAUCUGACAGAGUUUAACUUUGAUACACCCUACGGAAGGAACGCCCUGAGAGCCAUGUAUCAGAGUGUUUGCACGAGGAAGCUUCUUCCUGGUAUAAACAUGAAGAGUGUAUCUGAAAAAUAUAAUGAAGAGGACUUUCUGGCUGUCAUGCAGGAGUCCCUGAUUCUGAUGGGUCUGAUUGAUGUCGAGGCCCUGAGGGUAGGGAUCCAGAUCAAGGACAAAGAUGCAGGGGACGUCUCCAGAUUCCUGAACCGCAUCCUUGGGCUCUCAGUUGCAAAACAAAACUGUAUAUUUAAGUACUUCAUGGAAUGCAUGACCGUAUCCAUAGAGAAUGCCAAGAGUGAAGGUCGUUACAAUGAGGGCUUGUUAGAUAUCACAGCUUCCUCGGUGGAAAUGGUGGGCAAACCUAAAGAAGUGUUCACAGAAUUCAACAAAAACCACGCAGUUACAACAUCUGUUGAGCUGAUGGUGGACAGAGGGAUGAGUUGGGAAAUGGCCACCACAAGGGCAGACAACUUCAAGGGUAAAUACGACGGGUUCUACGUCUCCAAACGAGACAUGUACGGAAAGAAGAUGUACCUCCUAGCCACUCAGAAAGAAGGCUCAUCUCAUCUCUUCACCAUUGCCAGACCCAACACAGGCCUCUCCCAGUUUGAUGAGGAGAAGACCGAUCUGAUGCACAGAUACAGCCCAGUCAGUGCAGACAAAGCAGAGUCGCCGUGGAAGGAGCAUUAUGAGAAGUCCAAGAAUCAGUGCAUGCACGGCCGAGGAUGUAAACACGGAGCAUCCUGCAGAGUUGGUAGCAGAUGCUACACCAUCCACUUGUUAUGUGGCAACAUCCUAAGCCACAUGUCAACCUUGGAGAAUGCCUUGAGCAGCAAUGCCCACAAGUUAGGACUCAGCAAGUGGGAGUCUACCAUUAGAGUAGUGAGAGUCAAACUGAACAAUGGAGAGAGGGUGGUGGGGGUCAGGUACCCUGUGGCUCUGAUCAAGUUUGUGGAGAGAAUGAUGAAGGAGAAGAGCGACGCGGAACAGCUCAUUUUACAGGCACAGAAUGGAGCCCAAGGGGCAGGAUUGACCUUGAGCCAACCAGACCAGGGUCAGGUCAGACAGCUCAUUGUGGAGGAGGUGACUCCUGUCAAUCCCAAGAGCAGGAGCAGGGCACUCCGACCUCCCGUUACCCUCAGGAACUUUUUCAAACCAGCACUUAGUAGUACUGACCAAACAUGCAGAGAAGGGGCACCUGCUACUGAAAAAUCAUCAGACAGUGCUGAAAGACUUUCUGAACCAAGCAGAGGAGAUUCUGAGAAAUCUGUGUUAAAUGAGGACUCAAAAUUGAAAGAGCCAAACAAACCCUUAAUCCCAGUUUCAGAUUCAUCAAAGAUUUCCAGGAAGCGGGCACUAAAUGAUGUGGACUAUUCUCCUGUGAGCAAGAGGAAAAAACAGUCUAAUUUAGCUACCAUGUUUGCUAAUGUGACUAAAAGGAAGAAAGAGACGAGCAAUAAAACCCAGCUUUGUCCUAUAUGCAAGGAAGAAUUUAAGGAUAUAUCUAACGCCGAUCUUAAUGCCCACAUUGAUAAUUGUCUGAUUGAGUGAUAGUGCGAGGAAAUUAGGAUAGAAAUGGUACAGAAUUCAGUGUCUUAUUGCCGUUUUGCGGCUAGUGAUUUUAAAAUUGUCACCGAAGGUUCACUGCUUUUGUCUGAUAGUGCUGAUGCAUGUCUUUGCAUGAAAUAGAUUUUGAUGGGGUUUUUUUUAAAUUACAUAAAAUAAGACUUUUUAAUUAUUUUUCAGUUUGAAACUGAUAUUUUUAGAUAUGAUCUUUAUUGACAUUAUGUGCCUUAAGAUAAAAAUUGUUUAGUUUUUAAUGCACGUGAACGUCUUUUUUCAAAUUCCUUUAUUUUAAUCUGGUGUGCAGAACUUUUCAAAAUUUAACUUGCAUUAAAAUAUUUUCAUCCUAAU